AUGGAGUCUCAUAUUAGAAGGGAUAAUGCUGAUAAUUUCUCCUUUGUUAUGUCUGAUGACUGGAAUUUUACUGAAAACUAUGACUUAAUUGAUGGAGGUCGGUUGUGGAUUUUUUGGAGGAAGCAUUUGAUUUUUUUUGUGAUGCGGAAACAUGAUCAAACCAUUACCAUUUGGGGGAUAAUUGAUGGGCAUAGGACAGUUAUAACGGCUAUCUAUGGUAACAAUAAUGGAGUUAUUAGAUGGGGUCUUUGGGAACAUUUAAGCUCUGUUGGAAAUGAUAUUGGAUCCUCCUCUUGGGUUAUUGGGGGGGAUUUCAACAUCAUAGCCAAAGAAGAGGAGAGUUCCGACUUUGAUGUGAUGGGUAUUCAUUGUGCCCCAGACAUGAAGGACUUUCAAGAUUGCUUGGAGAACCUUGAUCUUAUGGAUCACCCGUUCCUUGGGCCAUUAUUCACAUGGUCCAAUAAGCAGGAAGAAUCGUUUUUAGCACGCAAAUUAGACAUGAUCUUAGUCAAUGAUCAGUGGUUGUUAGAUCAUCCUGAAUCUUUCACUGAAUUUAUUACACAUAGAGUUUCAGACCACUAUCUUGGUUUAUUGUGGUCACACAAGGGAGGUUUGACCAAGGGACCUCGACCUUUCAAAUUCUUUAAUUACUGGACUGGCCAUGAGCAUUUCUUAGCUACUGUUAAAGACUCUUGGCAGGGUCAAUGUGGUGAUAAUGCCAUGAGUUGCUUGUUCCUAAAGUUGAGGAGGCUUAAACAUCUUCUAAAGAAUUUCAACAAAGAGCUCUUCUCUAAUAUCUCUGGCAGGGUAAGUAGCAAAAGGGCUGAAUUAGGACAGAUUCAAAAUUUUAAUUUGGCUCACCCUGAUCAGAUGAGGAUUGUUGAUGAGAGGAGGAUUCAAGCUGAAUUAGUGGAUUUGGAGAUUGCAGAAUCUGGUUUUUACAAACAAAAGGCAAAGACUCACUGGCUAAGGGAGGUUGAUUUGAAUACCAGGUUCUUUCAUCAUAGGACUCAAGCUAAUAAGAAAUGA